GAAAACGAGUCACUUGAAAAUAAAUUGAUAUUUGGUGAAAUGAUUGAUGAGUUUCGUCAUAAAGCUAUUGGCAAUGCUGAAAUGGAAAUUUCAGUAGGAUCUACAUUGAAACACAAAACUCAUGCACAGAUUCUUUUUGUCAAUUCAGUAAACACAUUCAAUCUUUUAGUAACAAGAAUUAGAAGUAAUUUUGACACGUCUGGAGAGUUUCAAACUUACUAUGUAUUGUUACCAAAUGUUGGACAUGAACAACUAACUGUUAUUGGACAAAUUCUUCAGUCUAGCUUAGAAAUGUUGAUUAUCGAUAUAAAUAUACUGAUUCAGGAUGUACAAGGAACCGUAAAUGUGUACACCUAUUUUAUAUUUACGAAAACAAGUUGCAGAAGUAGCAAGCCAAUGAUUUACAAUCGUUUUAAAAAUGGCAAACUAGAAUGGAAGAAACCAACUUUUCCACCAAAAAAUAAAAAUUUGUUUCAAUGUCCUCUAAGAGCGAUAGUAAUUAAUUUAAAUCCAUUCAUUAACAUUCGCAAAAAUCAAAUUGAUGGCUUGGAUAUUUCAUUUCUUAAGAUCCUUUCCAAGGCAAUGAAUUUUAAACUAGAAUUUGUUAUUUCUACCGAAAACGCAUAUGAUGUUUUUGAAAAUGGAACAAUGACAGGAAGUUUCAAAAUGUUAAAUGAUGGUGAAGGAGAUAUUUCUUUUAGUGCAAACAUUUGCCUAAAACGUCGACGAAAACAUUUGGCUCCAACAACAAUAUAUACUAGUGCAAAAUUGCGAACAUAUUUAAAACCCCCAAAGCCGUACAGUACAUUGGAAAUAUUAUUCAUUCCAUUUGAAAGCUCAAUGUGGUUAGCCAUUGUUACCCUUGCAAUCGGAAAAUGGAUUUGGAAAAAUUUAUUGAAAAAGCAAAUCAUCAAAUCUCAGAAAUUUAGUGGAAGAUUUCAAUUAAUUUGUUGGUUAUUUGGCACAUUUAUUUUACGCAGUUUGUACGAGGGUUCAAUAUUUAAGUUUUUUUAUGAAAAACCUCUCAGAGGCUUGCCAACAAAUCUAGAUGAAAUGUUAAAUGAAGGCUAUAAAUUUCUAACUAGAACUUCUAUUGGAAACUUUUUGGAACCAGUCUUAGCAAGGGACAAAAUGAUUUUGUCCGAUAAAAGUUGGUCAGAUCUGUAUCAACAAUUUGCCAAUUCAGAAGAUGACAAACUUGCAUUAGUUACAAUAUCAAAAUUCUUAAAAAAUUUCCAUGAAAAACCUAAAUUCAAAUAUUAUAUAAGAUCUAAAUCUGCUGUCUUACGUGUAAAUUAUUGUGGUUAUUUACCAAAAUUUUCAUAUUUAACUAAAGAAUUUAAUAGACAAAUUAAUCUUUUACAAAGUAAUGGAGUGCUUGAGAAUAAUUUUCAUCCAAAAGAAGGAAAACGUGAAUUUGUUAAGACAUCGGCAAAUUUUUUGUCAAUUGAUAAGUUAUUGGGAGUAUUUCAAAUGAUUGGUGCUUCAUAUUGUAUUUGUGUAGUUGUUUUUCUUUUUGAAGUUAUUUCGAAACGUAACAAAAUUUUGAGAAUAAUUAUGAAUUUCAUUCAAUAAAAUUGUUUUACAUACAUAUGUCACAAGAAAAUGUUAGUGUUUAGAAUAAAAUGUUA